UGCAAUGUUCCAAUAGUCGCAAUCUUCAACUUCUGUGCCAUCUGAACUCUUGAUCGCCGAGAUAACGCCAGAGCUGACCUGGUCUUGGUACCAGCAGACAUACACCCUCCAUGAAGGCUCUGAGUCCUCUACGUUCACUCAGGCCAGUGCGGCAUAUCCGCAGUAUCGUCAAUGAAGCAACGCCAGCCACACCGGCGACGUCACCCUUUGCACCACGACAUCUCCUGUCCAUCUCGGAUCUAAGCAAUGCUGAGGUCAAAACCAUCGUGUCGCGCGCGCGAGAAAUCAAGUCCAUCACGAAGCAUGGCAAUACGGGUAAUUCGGGACAUGGUCUGCUCUCACAUCAAUCGGUAGCCCUGCUCUUUUCGAAACGAUCGACACGGACGCGUGUGUCUACAGAAGCUGCAGUGUGUCAUCUUGGUGGUAACAGCAUGUUUCUAGGGAAAGAUGAUAUCCAGCUUGGUGUGAAUGAGUCCAUGUAUGAUACAUCACGGGUCAUUUCAAGUAUGGUUGCGUGUAUGGUUGCUCGAGUCAAUGCGCAUGCCGACGUCGCAGCCUUGGCCAAGGACAGCACGGUUCCUGUGAUCAAUGCGCUCUGCGAUCUCUAUCACCCCUUACAAGCACUCACAGACCUGAUGACUAUUGAAGAGACGUUUCGAGAUGGUGUCAAAGGGCUGAAGCUCGCUUGGGUUGGCGAUGCGAAUAAUGUCCUGAAUGAUUUGGCUGUUGUCUGUGCCAAGAGUGGUAUCCACGUCACUGCUGCGACGCCCAAGUCACGGCCAGUGGAUCAAGACAUUCUCGAACUUGCACGCGCCGCUGGUGAUGAGACGGGUGCGCGUAUCCAAGUGACGAGUGACCCGCUCGAGGCUGUCCGUGAAGCGGAUAUCAUCGUGACAGACACCUGGAUCUCAAUGGGCGAAGAAGCACAAAAGGAGAGCAAAAUGAGGGAGUUUGCAGGUUACCAAGUCUCUGAGGAGAUGUGUGCACAAGGCGGUGCAAAAUCAGGCUGGAAGUUCAUGCAUUGCCUACCGCGCCAUGAGUACGAAGUGACGGAUGAGGUUUUCUACAGCCCGCGAUCAGUUGUCUUUGAGGAGGCCGAGAAUCGCAAGUGGAUCAUGAUUGCUGUGCUCGAGUGGCUCCUACUUGCGAGUCAGAAGCGUGUUCCCUUGUGAGCCUUGUAGAGGCCUGCGAUAGGAAUAUUAUGCGUGCAUCUAUAGACCAUACGCCCGCAGUGCGGCAUCCCCCUCUGCAUCACUCUCAGCUGCUACUGGCUCCGUCUUUUCUGUUUCUGCCAUCAUAGUCAAUGGGUC